GUGGCAGCCAUCCACCGUCGAUGGAACCUCUCGAGAUACAAGCCGCAUCCCCGCGCACGAAGACGGUGGCGUCAUCGCCUGCCGAGCGCCGCCUCCUCAACGUGCUGUUUGCGUUGAUCGGCGUCGGGUACCUCUUCCCGUUCUCGGCGCUCACGCAGCCCGUGGACUACUGGACGUUCCUCUUCCCCGACUUCAACAUCGAGUUCUCCAUCACGUGCGUGUUCCUGUACACCAACUUGAUAGCGUUGGCGCUCAUCGUGUCGUUCGGGUCGACGCCGUGGUUCACCGGUCGCAUCGUCGGCGGGUUCGCCGGCCAACUGGCCGUGCUGGUGUUUGUACCCGCCGUGUACGAGUACGUGUCGGGCGAGUCGGCGCACGUGUGGUCCAUCCUGGGGGCGACCGCGUUUGCCGCCAUCGUCACGGCGUUCUUGGACAGCUGCGUCAUCUCGCUCGCGUCCAAAUAUCCGCUGCAUGCGCAAGAGUCGCUUCAAUUCGGCAUCGGCCUCAGCACGUUGAUCGGUAGCAUCUACCGGGACGUGACCAAGGUGGUGUUCCCGCCGGACGCCGUGAUCGCGUCCAGCUCGCUGUACUUUUACACGGGCGCGGUCACCGUCGGGUUGUGCAUUGGCGCGUACUACAUGCUGCGUCGCCUACCCAUCUCCAAGUUCAUGUUGUCGACAACCACCAGUACUCCCCCCACCCACGAGUCGUUGCCGUUGAUCCAGCCCCCCAAAAAACAGCAGGAUCACAAGGGGGACUACGACAGCAGCAGCCAGAACUUGACGACAACCAAAGCCCCCAUCGACCGCUGGGCUGUGCUUGGCAAAUGCGUGCACAACCAAAUGCAAGUUGCGCUCUUGUUCAUGACAACAUUAACACUGUGGCCCCCGCUCGUCACGGAGAUGCAAAGCCACAACUUUCCAAGUUUGCAAGCGUCGGGGUGGUGGCCGCUGAUCCUCCUAACGGUGUUUUCCAUUUCAGACUGCAUUGGACGCCUCUUGGUGUCGUAUCGGUGUGGACUGACCAAGGCCAACGUGUGGAAGCCCGUGCUUCUUCGUAUGCUUCUUGUGCCGUGUAUCGUGAUGUCUGUCCAGGGUAUUGCGUUCAACCACGACGCCCUCUCUGUUCUGUUUGUGCUCGUGCUGGGGGCCACCAACGGGUACCACGGGUCGCUGGCCAUCCUCUUCGUCAGCGAAUGCGUCGGCGACGACGAGAAAGCCAUCGCAGGGUCGUUCACGGGCUUCUUCCUGAACUUUGGCCUUGUCCUUGGCUCUUCGUUUGGAUUGAUUUUGUCGCAAUUUAUCCACACCCCGCAGUAAAGUACUACCCCACAGAGUGCAUGGCGUAAUAGUAUGAAAUGAUAUGAUAUAGUAUAUCGUAUAAAGUUAAACGAAACAUCGGAA